AUUUCAGUUUUUGACAGUGUUAUUUGUUUGAUACAAAAUUGUUCAAUAACACCAAACAUAAAAAAUAGCCAAAAGUGAAAGUUCAUGGAUAAACUUGUAAAAUGACAGACAAAUCUACAGUUACAAACAUAUCAACUGAUAACAGUGAUUGCUUAAGGAUUUCAAAUGAAAUUAAUAGUUGUGGUAAUGACAUUAAUCAUUGGUCAAACUUUUCACAAUGGAUCCAUUGUAUGUGCGUGAUAACAUUUGACUUGAACUUAGGGCAAGCUCUUGAAUUUGUUUAUCCUCCUCAAUUCGUACCUUCCGAGAUAGAAACGGCUAAUAUAUGUUAUAUGGCAUUUCCCGAUUCCAACUCGGGGUGUAUGGGGGACACAAAAUUCCAUAUGCGUCUUCGACGGAUGCACCGAGAAAGUAACAACGAAGAUGUAAAAAAAAUUUUUCACUCAUAUAACUCGGAUUGCAUAUCUGCUCUACGUGUAGAUGAAUCACAUUACUGGGGAUUUGUGUAUUUUCGACAGAAGCGUGAUGCUAAUCUUCCGAGAGGAUAUUUUCAAAAAAGUUUUAUUUUGGUAACACAUCUUCCAUUUUGUAACCUUUUCUAUAAUAUUGUGGAUCAAUUGGCUCCAAAAUACUUUGAAGAAGGUAACUCAGUUAUAAAAGAAGCUUGUGAUCAAAUAAAUACCAUAUGGCCCGCAAUACAAGCAGGCAGUUCCUUGGACUUACAACUGUUUGAUUACAUAUAUCAAAUUAAUAUACCAACAAUAAGUGGGAAAAAAGGCGGUAUCGUCGGUCUAAAAAAUGAAUCGAUUAAAAAAAUCUCAUUGAAUAAUUUCUCAAUGAAAUUUUUAAGCUCUGUCAACGAACUAGAACUAUUUCAAUGUUUGUGUUUCACCGUGGAGAAUUUGUAUACUUUGUGGGAAUUAGUGUUAAUUGCUGAACCGAUUGUAGUUGUAGGAACGUCACCGGCUGAUUGCUCACAAAUGGUACAUAGUCUUGUUUCAUUAAUAGCUCCAAUUGAAUAUUGUGCUGAAUCACGACCUUACUUUACAAUACAUGAUAGUGAGUUCAAAGAAUUCACGAGAGAAUAUGGAAAAACGCCUCCUCCGGUGAUAUUGGGUGUAACUAAUCCAUUUUUCAUAAAGCUACUGAAGGAUUGGCCGCAUAUAUUGCGACUAGUAGAUAACCAGAUGAACAUGCAGCAACAUCAGCAAUUACAAAAAAAUAUUAAAAAUUCGGAAUCGGUAACAUCAUUUAAUGCAAGCAGUAUAGGACAUUUAAGAAAAGGAUUACCUAAUACAAGCUCUUCUAUGGUACUAAAUUCGAGUGUAACUACCAGUGACGGUGGGCUACCAGGAUUGCACACGAAGUAUAAGCCCUUUCUUAAGAAAGAUAAAAAUUUAAUAAAGAAAGUAAUAUCGGGAGUUAAAACCAAACGACCUGAUCAUGUGCAAACAGCAUUAUUGCGACGAAAUUUACUGGAGCUUACGCAAAGUUUUAUGAUUCCUCUGGAACGUUAUAUAGCUUCCUUAAUGCCAUUACAAAAAGAUAUAAGUCCGUUUAAAUCUGCACCAAAUGCAAACGCCUUUAAAUUGGAAGACUUUUUAUCCACUAUUGAACAUUCCGGACCACAUUUAACCUCGCCUUUAAAAGGUGAUUGGAAGGGGUUAUAUCGCAGAUUUUUCAAUUCACCAAACUUUCGCGGAUGGUACAAUUCAAGACAUCGCGAGUUACAAUUAACCUUACAAGACUUGCAACUUCAAGCACUUUCGGUAGCAAACCUUGAAAAAUGGGCACAGGAUAAGCAGGAGGUAGAAAUAAUAGAUAUGAUACUUAAAUUAAAACAAAAAAUGAAUCUCUAUACCGAUAACAGUAACAACAGUACCACAAAAGAGCAAAUACGUGCCCAAAUCAAUUGCAUGAAGGAUCUUUUACCUAAUGAUUUAAAAAAUGUAGUUAAUAUUUGAUUUAUAACCUACUGAGUGUCCAAGUGAAUGUAGUUGUUGUUAUGUGUUUAGAAAGUUUGUGUUUUAAAUAAAUAUAGGAUAAGUUAAAUAAAUUUAAA